AGCCCUGCCUUGGAAGCGAAGCUACAGCAAGCUAGAAGCUAUAUAGUUCAUAGCUGGGAACUACUUGUGACUCCGGAGUCGUUGGCUACCUAUUUGCUGGGCCCAGAGACCACUCAUGAGGCCUUAGCACUCUCUAGAGGUAGUUUCUGUUUUUUAUUUGGCACCAUGCUUUUAGCUAACUUUUACAUUGCUUUCAUUUCUUUUCUUUUCAGAAGAAGAAAGUGAGGAUAUGGCACUGAAAAUGGACAAAGCUUUGUUGGCCCAACUUAAGGCUGAGAGAGCAAAACAAUCGUUUGGGGCCGUAGCUCCAAAAAGGAAGAGCUUUCGUCUCCAGAAAGAGCUAAAUGUUGAUAGCUUUCUGGAUGCCAAUCUUUCUAAUGACCCUGCUCUUGACUUAGUGGUUGAGCAAAUUGUUGAAGAAGAGGCUGAGAGAUCAAAAAGAAAGGCGAAGGGAGCAGCUGUGGAGAGUACCCCUCUUGCUAAAAAGAGGAAGGCUUCUAUUGGCCCCUCUGUGUUGGGUAACUACCAAGAGGCUCUUGAGCGUGCUUCUAGGCUGUUGAGUACAACUGAUAAAGAUUUAAUGGCCGAGAUGUCUCUCCAGGCUGUUGGGGAGCAAAUGUUGGCUGCGGCUCGUGGCCGAUAUCUCACCUCCCAAAGCCAUAGCCUGGGGAAACAGGUGGUCACCCUUACAGAGGCUAACAUGAAGCUCACAAAGCAGGGAGCCACCAGCCACCAUGAUGGCAGAACUUAAGAAGAUUAUUGGUGAAAGGGACGCCGCCCUUCAGUUGAAAAGGGGGUUGGAAGAGGAGAGAGAUGUUGCCGUGGCAACUGCUAGGAGCUUGGAGCAGAAAAUUCUGGAGUGGAAUGGUGAGCUCGAGAAAUGUAAGACCACAAGUCAAGGGAUGGUGGAAAAAGUGAGGAGUGCCCGUAGGGAUGCUAUUUCCCUCUUCCUACAAUCCCUUGAGUAUCGUCAAGACUUAACCCAGCAGUAUUUUGAUGGGUUUGAAGCAAUGAAGAGCCGUGCUGCCUUGGCUUUCCCUAAUUUGGAUUUUUCCAAAUUUGAGGUUGAUGAUGAUGAGGGGCUCUCAUGUCUAGACGGGGGACAGAAGGAGGAGGACCAAGAUGAUGAUGCGACCUCCAAAGAUACAUCCAUUCCGAGCUCUUCGAUCACAUCCCUUCUCCAAACUCCAGAAAAGGUCUCUCUCUCUUUUGAAACUCCAACUCCAGCUGCAACACUUCCUGGCCCAUCAUCUAGUGAUGGGCAGGUAACUGAAGUUCCAAUCUCUGGCCUUUGAAUGGCCGAAGAAACAUUCAAUUUACUGGGUCUGUAACUAAACACUUUAAUACUUUCAUACUUUAACUGUGUUUGUUUGGGAGUGGCCUUUACUCCCGCCUGGCUGGUUGACUAUUAGAACUUUGUUCUUUUUGAUAACUGUGGGGAUAAUCUCAGUGAGAUCAUGUUUAGUGGCCCUUUGGAGGCUAUUCGUUUCAAAAAUAUGACAGAUACAAUGAAAGCGUAC